AUGUACCGAUCCCUGUCUGCUCUGCUUAGACAACGAGCGAUCCCGUUCUUUACCAUUCCCUUGCACCCCCCAGUGCGCCGAAAGUAUGUGACAACGACACAGCAAUACAAAAAUUUUCCAUCCCCACCUGAACCUCAAAAUUGGUACACACUGCUAACCAGGGCACCUUCCCAAAAUAAACAACGUUUAGCCAGUUUCCAAAACAAGGUCAUUGAAGGCUUCCGGUCGCCGUCAUACCAGUCCUUCAACUCUCUCUUUAUCAAACCCUACAAACGACACCGUGAUUUAGCACAUGUCUCAAACUCCAAGAGCGCUCUUCCCCGCGUUCCUAGCUCCUACGACGCUCCAGAGGCGUUGCGCAAACAAUUGAAGCGCAGGCCCCUGCCCUUCCACCUGUCCCAUCGACUCUCGACAUAUUUGCAGAAGAAAAACCUGCGUGAUAUAGGUUCAAUCUAUCUCGAAAUCCCUACACCCCGAGCAGCUCAUUUUUCUAUACUACAGCUAGAACAGCUUUUAUCGCUGAUCUUGAGCACCAAGCGAGCGAAUGUGGAGACUAUAAAUCUGGGGAUACGGAUUUUAGAGGACAUGGAGUCUGACUCCAUAACGUUAGGACCGCUGGAGCAAACCAAGCUCGUUUAUUUUUAUACCCGGUUGCAAAUGCCAUUUGAUCAGAUUAUCCAAAAGGUUCUCGAAAAAGGCUAUUUUCAUCCACACACAUGGAAUCUGCUGCUCCAGGUCUACUCAUCGCAUACAGACGAGAUUUUGGAACUGAUGCGGACCCGCGUUUCUCUGGACAGAACGCUGCUGUUGACAUUACUGGAAAAAAGCUCCUCUCUUAACAGUGUGCUGAAUAUAAUCGAUAUUUUUAGACAACGUCACAUGCACCUGGAUCACGAAGCACUGAACAAGAUUCUAGUGAAGCUAGCCAUUUUUGAUGAGUACAUGGUCGCCAAAUCCAUAUUGGACACCAUGAUUGACACCUCUCCAAAGCUGGCAGAAAAGCCAUUUCAGGUUCAGCACAGCAGCACACACGAGCCCUGGAUUCGCAAACUGAACUUGUACGAGCACCAUGGACUCAUGACCACACGGCGUCACCGAAGAUUGGUGAGCCAGAUCGAGCUUGUUAACGAGUGGCUGCCCGAUAAUACUCCUCUCAUCCUUUAUCCGCAAAGGCCAACUCCAUUUCUAAUGCACCAAUUUUUUGUGAUAAACCUGAACUCAGAUAUGAGCACUGCGCGCAGAUCGCAAAUUCGCGAUCUUCUGGAGUUGAUGAACACAGCGAAAAUCCCAAUGUUGAACAAGACAGUGGUGCUCGUGUUGCAACGUCUUGCAGAGCUGGACCAGCUUAGGCAGGAGGAGUUAGACCUUGCUGCGCAACUAGUUGAACUUUACGAAGACUCCAAACGCUUCAAUACCUAUUUGGAGAUCCAAGCCACAAAUCCGGCUUUCAACAGAACAGAACUGGUGCCGUAUCUGCUGGCCAAGAGCGACAAUAAUAAAAUCAAAUUUGAGGUCCAGAAAGGAGCAGGCUGGAACUCUGAUUGCUACGAUCAGGUCAUUUUCCGCCUUGGCUCAACUUUGUACCACAAAGCCGCAGACUUGAACUUUGAACGGCUCGCCGAAUUGCUUCUCCAACUCCACAGAGAUUAG